CGCAGUGUGUCUCCUUCAAAGUGUCCUGUAGUGUCAAAUCUGAAACACAGGACACACUAAAUCUUCUGUAUUCGUUUCGCAUCAUCAUUUUAUUUGUCUCAACAACAACAACAGCAACAACAGCAUCCUCGAUAUAAUGGCUGUUCCUCCUGCAUACUCAGACCUGGGAAAAGCAGCCAAGGACAUUUUCAGCAAGGGUUACGGUUUUGGGAUUGUUAAAUUGGACCUCAAAACUAAAUCUCAAAAUGGAGUGGAGUUCAACACAUCUGGAUCCUCCAACACGGACACGGGGAAAGCCGGCGGGAGUUUGGAGACCAAGUAUAAGAUGAAGGAUCUGGGAUUGAGUUUAAACCAGAAGUGGAACACAGACAACAUGCUCACUACAGAAGUGUCUGUGGAAGACCAGCUCGUCCAGGGGUUGAAACUGGUCCUGCAUACGUCUUUUGUACCGAACACAAGCAAGAAGAGCGGUAAACUGAAGACCGGUUACAAGCGUGACUUUGUCAACGUGAGCUGUGACAUUGAUUUCGAGGGUCCGCUCGUGCACUCUGCAGCGGUUCUGGGAUACGAAUGCUGGCUCUUGGGCUACCAGAUGGCGUUUGACACGGCCAAAUCCAAACUGGUGCAAAACAACUUCGCUCUGGGAUACAAGGCUGAAGAUUUCCAGCUUCACACCAGCGUUAAUGACGGAGCUGAUUUCGGAGGAUCUGUCUAUCACAGAGUCAGUGAUCAGCUGGAGACGGCCGUCACUUUGGCCUGGACCUCAGGCAGCAACAGCACACGCUUCGGAGUUGCUGCAAAGUACAAGCUGGAUAAAGAUGCUUCUGUGUCUGCCAAAGUGAACAAUGCCAGUCUGAUUGGAGUUGGUUACACUCAGAGUCUUCGACCAGGUGUGAAACUCACUCUCUCGGCCUUGAUCGAUGGGAAAAACUUCAGCACAGGUGGACACAAAGUAGGACUGGGCUUUGAACUGGAAGCGUAGCUGGCGUAGUGCAAAAGAUAGAGAAGAAGAGAGACCCAGUCCUCCUGCAUCGCACGCUAGCACUCGAUGACUAAAAACACUUAGCGGCAUGUUGAUGGUUUUUCCAAGUCUGUGGGAGCCGAGUGAUUUAAUCUCAACCGGCCGCAAGAUCUGGCCUUCUAAGGGAAAUAUUUGCUGAUCACCUAAUUUAUUUAACGACAGCCGUAUAUUUACCUAGAGCAAACCAAAUUACACAAGUAGCGGUAGAUGUGCAAGCUUUGCGUGUUUCUCUGGUGAUGUCAGUGCAUGUUAAGGACUUGGUUUAUCACGUUGGUGAGCAAAGGUCAUAAACUUGGAUGGUUGUAGUUGAGGUUUCUCAGGAUGCUGUAGAAGUGAUGUUGCACUUCUAGGGCUUUAGGCCUCACAGGAAACUGAACAGACGGCACGCGUAUUUUUAGAGCUAGCAACACUAUCUUUUUUCACACUCAUUGAUGGUUAGAGUGCAACUCUGUAUUGUGGGAAAUAAUACCGCUUGCAAACCAUUUUAAAAGUGUUUCGGUGUACAAAUUAGCUUUUUGUGCAUUGAACUCUUUAUGGGUACAGAUAUCAAUGCGUUGUACAUACAAACUGUUUUUUGCAUAUUACUAUUAUUUAUAUUGUUAUCAUAUAUAAUAACUAAUUUUACAAUCUUGAAUAAGUUGGAGAAAUUUUAAUAAACAAAGAAAAACUGAA